GAUAAGACGGGGACAUGAUUAGGGGACCCGGGGAAGGGAAAGGUAGUGAUUCGAUGGCUGGUUUGUUAUGGUCUCCAAAGAGCGCACGGAGCCUAGCCCCAUUCGUGGUACGGUCUUCGCUGGUGAAGGAAGUCUAAUCGCGCUCGCUACAUGGCUGACUGCAAAGCUCAACUCCAUCAGCAACGGCGACGACGUCUACGUCAUCGUUAGUCGCGGCUCCAACGGGACGGAUAGAAAGUUUCGCUAAUGUAUUAGGAUUGUGUGUUUAUGAAGACGGUAGCAGGAAAAAGGUGAAUGGAUAUCAGCGCGGAUUGUCGAGCAGCUGAUAACGUCGCAUGGGGUGAGGGAAAUUCAACAAUAGUGUGAACGGUGCCGGUGUGUGAAUGGAAAACUGUUGAACUAUAUCGGUGUAUAGCGUUCUAUAUAUGGGAGCGGUUUUGUGUAGUGACCCAUUUAAUACAGCAGAAAUAAAGUGCUUGUGCAAAAGAAGAAAAGUAGAACAGUUGCCGUGUACAGCAAGAAUUCAAAUUCAAAUUCGGGAAAAGUAAAGCCAUAUAGGAAGUGAUAUAGUUCAAGGAAAUAAACUGUGAUAAUCUAUAAGCAAACGUGCUCUACGAACCCCACAAAAAAAAAAAACGAUUCGGAAACAACUAACGGUUCUAGAAAAGGUUGCAAAGGUACCAACAUAGGUCGAAGUGGAAAAGUGAAAAGCCAUGCCAUCCAGUAACAAAGGCCAACUGUCUUGAAGUGGUAAAUAGAGUACCUUUACUUGCCUGUAAUCGCAAAUCAGUGUUCAGUGAUGUUUGGUGCGCACGUGUUGAAGCCAAGAAUCGGAGUAGACCGACAGCUCGGACAAAGGCACAAAAUUGUUUCACCUUGAGCCAGAAGGGAACGGUAAACAGUGCCACAAACGGCGCCGCAUAAAGAAGACAGUGUUCCAGUUCUGAGAAGCUUUCCAACGUCUGCGAGGGAUUGAUUCUUCGGUCCGUUACAUGGGACGGUAAUAUGGAUUUAAUAUCGCUUCCACCGUGCUCUCGACGAGUGGACACUGGCAAGAUGGGAAGCGGGGUUGCAGAGCACCAUCACCAGCUUACCAUCACGACCGGGACCAGUGCAACUGGUGGUCUCUCGCCCACAUCGACGACGAUAAAGAUCUCGACCACGUAUCUGAAGACACCCGUCAAGACGGAUCAAGAAAUCCUGGAGAACUCCAUGCUGGAAGAUGAUCCCAACUCUAACACAAUCCUCACCACAGGAACGGAGUGCUGUGCCAACGAUGGGGCGAACGGAAAAAGCCCCAAUGGAUGCGACAGCCUGGAAAAGCGACCACGAUGGGGACCACAGCACAAAGGGGCCCAGGAACUGGCUAAACUAUACAGCAGUGGUAAACGUACUCAGGAAAUCAUCUGUGUCUACAUCUGUAUUACGCUAAUAGUAUUGAAUCUGUUUCUCAUUAUGAAACACUUCCGCCUGGAACGGAUAAGCAAAGUGCUGGUGGCGGCUGUGUUCGGAAUUUUGACAGCCGAUUUUGGUUCUGGUCUCGUGCAUUGGGGAGCAGACACUUGGGGCUCGGUGGAACUGCCAAUACUGGGAAAAAAUUUCUUGCGACCAUUCCGAGAGCAUCAUAUCGACCCAACGUCAAUCACCCGGCAUGAUUUCAUCGAAACCAACGGGGACAAUUUCAUGGUGGCAGUGCCCAUUCUUGCCAAGUUGGCGUGGAAUUUUUUCACUCGAUCGAAUUCGGAAAUACAGCAAGAGUACGCACUAAGUGCAUAUUUAUUUUUGUGUUCCAUCUUCGUUGCAAUGACAAAUCAGAUUCACAAAUGGUCGCACACCUACUGGGGUCUCCCGAAAUGGGUUCUGUUUCUGCAAAAUCAUCACAUCAUUCUCCCGCGGCGACAUCAUCGCAUCCAUCACGUAGCGCCACACGAAACCUACUUUUGCAUCACCACGGGGUGGCUUAACUGGCCGCUGGAGAAGAUAAAUUUCUGGUCUACUUUGGAAGCCAUCAUAGAGGUCUGCACCGGGCACAAGCCACGAGCGGACGACAUGAAGUGGGCCCAGAAGCGAACAUGAUCGUCCGCCGGUUGUCUGAGGCUGAUACCAUCGCGCCACGUCUGUUUCCUAGUCAGGUGCGUUCGUUGGUGAACGAACGCCACUCACGUCACGUCGGUAUGCUAAGCUGGAUUGUUUUUAUUGCCCUUAUUCAUCCAUCACCAGGAGUUGUAGGAUCACAUUGCCAGUGUAGCGUGCGUCUAGUAGAGUGUGCACUAUUAUGCAAAUUUUAUACAAAUGAAAGCAAGGAGAAGCAUACGCAAACAGCCGUGAUGAUAGAACAACGAUAUUUUGAUAAAUUUUACCUGUAGAAUUCAUUCAAAAUCAGAGUAGAAGAAACGACCGUUGGACGAGGGGAGUGCUGUAGAUUUUUUUCAAGCACAAAUAGCAUUUUAGUAGCUUUAAAUCAAAUGGAUCUAAAACUUAAGCGGGGAAAUGUUCAUAUACAACGUAGUUGAAUGCGCUUGCGAUGCGAAUGGAAAUGUGCGUGCAAGCUUAUUUUUGCCUUAAUCGUGGACCUAGAGAUUAACAUAUAUGAUAGAAAAGCUGAACGCAGAUGUGCAAAAACACAAAAAGUACAUUCCCCAUGAAUACAACUCCCAUCGUGUUAGGUUAGGUAGGUCGUUGUUGAACUGUGAGAACGUGAGGUUAUUUAGUAUUAUUUGUUUUAGCAAAAAACUUUACAGUAGCACAUUAAUGCUUGUUAGAAGAUCUCAACAAAUGCCACAGUUUGGGAUAUUUUUAAUACGAUCAUGAAAUGAAAAACGUAGGCGCAAUUAGAAUUAAGUAGUGCCGUCAAAUGGGGUGACUUGCAACGAUUUUCACUUUUAAAGUAAUUGUAUUAUAAAUUAAGCAGCCGAAGAAGAUAAGUACUCCACCCCAUAUCCUAAUGGGGACGCCUAGAAUGCGUCAUGCAUCUAACUUCAUCCAAAUAAAUAGCAAUUGAAUUGAUUCGGGAGAACGAACUUCAACAUACAACUUCACCGACUUUACGACAAGCUUAACA